CUCGGGGUUAGCGCUCCGCCCUAGCCCCGUGAGCCGGCGGCGGCGGCCGGCUGGGAGAGGCUCCGCCUCCGGUUCCCUCCCUCUUCCCUCCCUCCCUCCCUCCCUCCCUCCCUCCCUUCUUCCUUCCUUCCUUCCUUCCCUCUCUCUCCGUGCCGGGUUCCCGGGUGGGUUUCCCCCCCGCUGCCCCGAGCCUCCCCGGGCCAUGGCCGGCAACGUGAAGAAGGGCGCCGGGGCUGGGGGCAGCGGCGGCUCUGGGGGCUCGGGCUCAGGCGGCCUGAUCGGGCUCAUGAAGGACGCCUUCCAGCCUCACCACCACCACCACCACCUCAGCCCCCACCCACCGGGAGCCGUGGACAAGAAGAUGGUGGAGAAGUGCUGGAAGCUCAUGGACAAGGUGGUGCGUUUGUGUCAGAAUCCAAAGCUGGCUCUAAAGAAUAGUCCUCCUUAUAUAUUAGACCUGCUACCAGAUACCUACCAGCAUCUUCGUACAAUUUUGUCAAGAUACGAGGGGAGAAUGGAGACACUUGGAGAAAAUGAAUAUUUCAGGGUAUUUAUGGAAAAUCUCAUGAAGAAAACUAAGCAAACCAUCAGUCUUUUUAAAGAAGGCAAGGAGAGGAUGUAUGAAGAGAAUUCUCAGCCUAGGCGAAAUUUGACCAAACUGUCCCUGAUCUUCAGCCACAUGCUAGCAGAACUAAAAGGGAUCUUUCCAAGUGGACUUUUCCAAGGAGAUACGUUCCGGAUAACCAAGGCAGAUGCUGCAGAAUUUUGGAGAAAAGCUUUUGGAGAAAAGACAAUAGUCCCUUGGAAGAGUUUUCGACAGGCUCUUCAUGAAGUACAUCCUAUCAGUUCUGGACUAGAGGCGAUGGCCCUGAAAUCCACUAUUGAUUUAACCUGCAAUGAUUAUAUUUCAGUUUUUGAAUUUGAUAUCUUCACAAGACUCUUUCAGCCUUGGUCAUCUUUGCUCAGGAAUUGGAAUAGCCUUGCUGUGACUCAUCCAGGUUAUAUGGCAUUCUUGACAUAUGAUGAAGUGAAAGCUCGGCUCCAGAAAUUCAUUCACAAGCCUGGCAGCUACAUUUUCCGACUGAGCUGUACAAGGCUGGGUCAGUGGGCCAUUGGCUAUGUCACUGCUGAUGGGAAUAUUCUUCAGACAAUCCCUCACAACAAACCUCUCUUCCAAGCACUGAUCGAUGGCUUCAGGGAAGGCUUCUAUUUGUUUCCUGAUGGACGAAAUCAAAAUCCAGACCUGACUGGCUUAUGUGAGCCUACUCCUCAAGACCACAUUAAAGUUACCCAGGAACAAUAUGAAUUGUACUGUGAGAUGGGCUCCACCUUCCAGCUUUGUAAAAUAUGUGCUGAAAAUGAUAAAGAUGUGAAGAUUGAACCUUGUGGCCACCUUAUGUGCACAUCCUGUCUUACAGCUUGGCAGGAAUCAGAAGGUCAAGGUUGCCCUUUCUGUCGGUGUGAAAUUAAAGGUACAGAGCCUAUUGUGGUGGAUCCAUUUGAUCCCAGAGGAGGAGGUGGCCUACUUAGGCAAGGAGCAGAAGGAGCUCCUUCACCAAAUUAUGAUGAUGAUGAUGAUGAAAGAGCUGAUGACUCCCUUUUCAUGAUGAAGGAACUGGCCUGUGCCAAGGUUGAACGGCCUCCUUCUCCAUUCUCCAUGGCCCCACAAGCUUCUCUUCCUCCAGUGCCACCACGAUUGGAUCUUUUGCAACAGCGAACAUCUAUACCCUCAGGUGCUUCUAGUCCUGGAACUACUUCUAAGAUCACCCCUGGCUCCCUUCAUAAGGACAAACCUUUGCCAAUCCCUCCUACACUUCGAGAUCUUCCUCCACCACCUCCUCCAGACAGACCACAUUCCAUUGGGGCAGAGAGUCGGCCUCAGAGACGCCCACUACCGUGUACGCCAGGAGACUGUCCAUCCAGGGACAAACUUCCUCCUUUUCCUUCUGGCCACCCAGGAGAAUCAUGGCUUCCCCGCCCAAUACCAAAAGUACCUACGGCUACCCUAAGUCCUGGUGACCCCUGGUCAGGCAGAGAAUUGACCAAUCGACACUCGCUUCCUUUUUCACUGCCUUCUCAGAUGGAUCCAAGAGCUGAUGGUCUUAGGCAUGGAAGCACUUUCAGCCUUGAUGCUCCAGUGAACAUGAACAAUAGUUCAUUAGUUGGGCCAGAGUCUGAGCACUCUAAAAUCAAGCCUUCCUCUUCUGCUAAUGCCAUCUAUUCUCUUGCUGCCAGACCUCUUCCUGUCCCAAAACUGCCCCUUGGGGAGCAGUGUGGAAGCGAUGAGGAUGCAGAAUAUAUGUCUCCUUCUUCUCGGCCUCUGGUGCUUCCUGGUUCCAGCCUCCAAAAGAUAGAAUUGAAACGACCUUUGGAGGUGACCCACAGUUUACAAACAUUUGAUUCAGAGCAACAGAUUGAUAGUUGCACCUAUGAGGCCAUGUACAACAUUCAGUCGCAAGCAACUUCUGGUCUAGAGAGCAGUAGUGUAUCAGUUGAGGGAGAUCUGGCUGCAACCCUUCCCAGCAAUGGUCCUGAGGAGUCAGAGAAUGAGGAUGAUGGCUAUGAUGUCCCCAAGCCCCCAGUGCCAGCAGUCCUGGCCCGUCGGACUCUCUCAGACAUUUCUAAUGCCAGCUCUUCCUUCAGCUGGAUGUCUUUGGACAGUGAUCCCACAACAGGUUUUACAGAGGGUUCCCAAGUUCCUGAAAGGCCUCCCAAGCCUUUCCCUCGUCGGAUCAACUCUGAACGGAAAGCAGGAAGCUGUCAGCAGGCUGGUGCUGUUCCUUCGACCUCUCCACAAUUAUCCAGUGAAAUUGAGAAUCUCAUGAGCCAGGGGUAUUCAUAUCAGGACAUUCAAAAAGCUUUGGUCAUUGCCCAUAACAAUAUUGAAAUGGCCAAAAACAUCCUCCGAGAAUUUGUUUCUAUUUCCUCCCCUGCUCAUGUAGCUACAUAGCACAUCACCUCCUUACCUCCAAUUUCAGUGGACCAGUGAGCUGGAUGCCAUGCUCCAGGAGCACCUGAGAGGGCAAAGGGUUUUUUUUUGGAGACUUCAACCUGAAGUCUUGCCCUUGUCUGGUGGAUGUCUCAUCUGUGGUUCAAGAUUUCAAAGCAGUGGAACAAACACAGAGCAAGCAACUAGGAUGUUGAUUUUGUUUUGUUCACUUUGUAGUGUGUGUUUGAGGGCAAUUUGCCUUCAGUCCCCAUUUAGAGAGAGCAUUCAUUUUUAUGAUGACAUGGUAUGAUGCAGCUCAGCCCCCUUGGGGAGCAGUCUAAAGGCAGUAGGACAAGUAUUAUGAGGGAAAAACCAAACUGAGGGCUUUGAGUUUUCCAGCUUAGGGUGGAUGUAAGAGUGUGUGUGUGUGUGUGUGUGUGUGUAUCUAUAUCUAUCUAUCUGUCUGUGUGCAUGUCUGUAUGUCUGUGUCUAUGUGUGUAUCCUGUGGUCAGAAGAUUAACCCCAGACAGGCCUCCAUUUUCUGGUGAUAGGCACAAGAGGUUGAGGAAGGGAUCUUUUGGUAACUUCCAUCUACUGUGGUAUUAUACCCCCAUCUUAGUGUGUAUUGCAAUUUCAGUGCUACUCCAGAUUAUCACAUGCAUAGCUAAAGUCCUGCAUUUUUAAACUGUCUCCUUUUCUGUCAUUUGCUUUGCUGUCUAUGAUAUUCUUUUAUUGGCCAUGGAUUGAUUAUGACUAACUUAAGUGAAGCCAGGGAGUUUAUGAGAUAUUCCGUUUUAUAUGUGGUUAUGUAUGUUUGGUUUUUUUGGGGGGGGGGGGAUGGGAGAAUGUGGAAUAAAGUAUUGUUGCAUUAUCAUUACAAAUAUGUUUGGCAUAAGCAGCUAACACUGGUCACUCCAAAAUGCUUUUUCUAUAGGAACACUGAAUUUGGCAAAAUAAGAUAUUUUAGCUAUUUAAUUAACUAUCUAACUAAACCAUGGCAGAGCUGAUGUAGAGGCCUUUGGAUACAUUCCUUUUCUUUCAGAGAAUAGCAGUCAAUUUUGUUGGUUCCAGGUGUGUGAUCUGAGAGAUACUUUUCUGCAUUGUGAGAGGGGAGCAUCAUAUCUAAGAUAAUGUUAUAAUCCAGAGAUGGGAAGCUUUUAGGAACCUUGGGCCAUAUGCUAUUUAUCUAUGGAUAAUGAAUGAAAAAAAGCAAAUUAAAUAUAAGCAUCCAUCAGCCUGACUCUCCUUCCUAUUAAAUUUCUUUUAGCCUUCGUAGGUGUCUUCCUUCAGCAAGGGCUAAAUUAUUUUUCAGAAAAUCCUCCUUUUUGUCUUCCCAAAAGUAGGGAACUUUUUUUUUGUGGUGUCACUGUGUGCAGCUGUUAACUCCCUACUUAGGUUAUCCAUGGGUUUAGAGAUUAACUCUUGUGUGAUUGUAACAUUAGAGAAUGUUGCCUCUCUUUCCCUGUCAAUCCUAUUCUUAAUUUUAGCAUUCUGCCAUAGAGUAAAUUGCUGCAACCAGGAAGUAAUCCCCAGAUCCUUUUAGUUUUUCAAGGAAGUAAUAGAGAAAUUUCUGAUCCUACACAAAUCUCACAUUCAGGCAUUAAGAGUGAAUAGGAAGGAAGUAAAAUUUGUCCUAGUGAAGCACCAUCCAUUCACUAUUAGGGACCAGUAUAGAGCUUCACCACUUGACAUCAGACCCAACUGCCUUUACAUAAACAUUGAACUUCUGAGGAAGAAAUAAAAAACAAAUCCCAGCAGUUUCUUUGUGCAUUGUUAGAAUCUGGUGUUGCAGUUCUUCUUUGUCUUGAUCUGUUGUGGAACUUUGUGUUUUUAAAUAAAUAAUAUUUAUCUGUUAUACAUACUACACUUUAUGUAGAUACAAGGUUUCCUUUUGCAGUUUGCUGUUUUGUUUAUAUAGAAUACAAACAAUUUCUUCCUUUUUUUACUUGCAAAAAUUUAGUCCAAAGCCUUACAUAUGAGCUUGUGUGUUUGCAGAUUUGCUAUUUGGGUGAUGGCAGGCAUUUGUCAAAUGCCUCUUUUUUUUUCUUCCUGCAAACUCUCCUUCAAAGAAAAAAACCCCAAAACCAAAACAAACCCCUUGUAACAAAUAAGCAUAGUCAAGCAAAACCAAUUCCCAUGUUGGUCAUUUCCAAAAAUGUGUUUCAUUCUACAUUACUCCACCUCCCUCUGUCAGUAUGUGAAUAGUUUCUUCAUCAUUGGUCUUUUGGAAUGAUGUUUGAAUCAUUUAUUGUUCAGAAUUCUUAUGUCUUUCAAAUUUUUUGUUUUUACCAUAUUGAUAUUACAGUAUAAGUUGUUCUGGUUCUUCUCAUUUCACUGUGCAUUAAGCUAUCUCUUUAUUUCUACAGCAUGAUAGUAUUCCGUUAUAUUCAUGUGCCAUAAUUUAUUCAGCCAUUUCUCAGUUGAUGGGCAUCCCCUAAAAUGCCUGUUUUUACAUUCAAGGAUCCAAAUCAAUUUACCUGAGACUCUUUUCACCAUUUGGGCUAAGAGGCUUUAGUUUUAAGUGAGGCAAAAAUUUAGAAUAACUGGGUGAAUCUUCAAAAAGUUUUUACCUUUUUGGGGGAUGGGGUAAGGAGUUUCCAACCUUUGAUCUUGAACAUGAGCCAAUACCAGGUUAUUAGUGUGCAUAUAUUAUGUACUCACUAAGUAAUUUCUAUAUUGUUUGUAUUAAAAAAGAAUGGGCUCUCAUAGCUGAUAGGAAACUCAGAAGUUGUUCAGUCUAAUAUAUACCUAAAGCAAGAAUCCCCUUUACAGAACUCCUCACAAGUGGGCAUCUAGCCUUAUUUUAACAAUUCUAGUAAUGAGAUACUCAUUACUUCAUAAUUAUAAUCCAUUCUUUUAGAUAGAUUUGAUUGUUAGGGAGUUUUUCUUUAUAGUGUGCUAUUAUCUGCCUCUCUUUACAAGCCUUUGUUUGGGAUUAUUGCCUCUCAGUCUGAGAAAAUUCCAGAUUAAUUUUUCUGGAUUCCUGAAUAAUAUCAAAUGUAUUUUAUAAUCUGAAACCUGUUCAAGUAAUCACUAUCCAAAUAGAUUCGUUUUUGAAAUAUUGCUUUAGUAUGGACAUUUUAAUAUUUUUAUGGUUGCUAGUAGGCUAUAAACCAAAAGGUAUUGGCCCAGGGAGCUUCUUUAGGAAAUGUUCUCCCAUUAAGCUUAUCAGUUCCUAAUUCUAUUGUCCUCAGAUUAAUUAACUGAAUUAUCCUUGAGUUCUUUUAUUUAUUGGGAGAAGAUCACAUCUCUUUUGGUUAUUAAAAAUGUUCAUCUUCUGCUAUCUUUUAGAUUAUGAGUGAGGAAAAAAAUUUUCCUCCACACCAGACUUUUCUAUAAAAUUAAAUGUCUUACUUCUUCUGGGCUUUCUCCAUAUUGCUUUACAUAGUAGAUAAUAUCUAUAGUUCUCUUGUUCAACAUGAUCAACACAUGAUAACUAUGAACCACAACUAUAAAGUUUUUACUUUCUACACCCUGAUCUUUCGAAUUCCAAAUUUUCUCACAAAUCUAAGUACAAAAUGGGAGAAACUUAGAAUCUUGGGAUCUUCUUAUAAUUAAACUCAAGUAAAGGAUGCUUGAUUAUCUUGUUGAAUAAGAUCUAGUGCCAAAAGGGACUUUAAAAUUCUAGUUCAUUCCCCUGCCCCCCCCUUUUUUUUUUACAAGUCAGAGAGGAACUUUCAAAUGUCAAAAAUAAGGCUACCCACCUACUUUAUAUUGGAACUCGUUUUGCCAUAGAAGUCAUUGUGAAAUGACAUAGCUUUUAAAGAAUAUGAAUUCAGAUGUGGAAAAAGAAAUAAGCUGUGAAAAACAGAAAUGAUUUAGAGUUUCUGAUCCCAGGUAGUAUUUGGUGGUCUGCAUAAAAACCACCCUUGGACUUUAGGUUUAGGUCUUGCUAAGAGGUACAACUAAAAAGAUUCUGGUUUUCUCAAAACUAAUACAUAGAAACUUGACCCAGGGCUCUAUUUCUGUUUCUAGACCUUCACUGAACUAUAAUU